AUGAGCCCACCUGCAGGACAUCGGCACGUCCACGGCAACCACGGCGGUGCCCCGAUGAUGGCAGCUUCCGGCGUCGUGCCCCCCGUGGGCACCUUCCAGCCGGGGACCAAGAUCCAGGUCGGCAGCCACCGGGUCGUGAUCCAGAAAUACCUCUCCGAAGGCGGCUUCGCCCACGUCUACGUCGUCAAGUUGUCGAGCGCCGUCGACGGAACCGACAUCGCCGUCCUCAAGCGCGUCGCCGUCCCGGACAAGGAGGCCCUGCGGAGCAUGCGCAUCGAGGUCGAGACCAUGAAGCGCCUCAAGGGCCACCGACCGAUCGUCACCUACAUCGAUUCCCACGCAUCCGAGCUCAAGGGCAGCGGCUACGAGGUCUUCCUCCUCAUGGAAUACUGCAACGGCGGCGGCCUGAUCGACUUCAUGAACACGCGCCUCAAGCACCGCCUGACCGAGCCCGAGAUCCUCGACAUCCUCGCCGACGUCGCCGAGGGCGUGGCCUGCAUGCACUAUCUCGACCCGCCGCUCCUCCAUCGCGACCUCAAGGUGGAAAACGUGCUCAUCACCGCCAGGGGUUCGGCCAAGCGAUUCAAGCUCUGCGACUUUGGCUCGGCCUCGCCGCCCCGCCCGGCGCCCAGCUCCGUCGUCGAGUGUCGUCUCAUGGACGAGGACGUGCAGAAACACACGACCCUGCAGUACCGGAGCCCGGAAAUGAUUGACGUCUACCGGAAACAGCCGCUGAACGAAAAGUCGGACAUCUGGGCCCUCGGUGUCCUCCUCUACAAGCUCUGCUACUACACGACGCCGUUUGAGGAUCAGGGCCAGCUGGCCAUUCUCAACGCGAGCUUCAAAUACCCCAGCCUUCCCGUAUUUUCCGAUCGAAUAAAGAAGCUCAUCGCCUCCAUGCUGAGGGAAAACAUGGAGGAGAGGCCGACGGUGUAUCAGGUCCUCAAAGACGCUUGUGCCAUGCAGGGCAGGCAAGUCCCUAUUCAGGAUAAAUACGCCCGACCAUCCCGAACCGAGACUCGAGCCAGCGAGAGUGCGAAACCGUCGGAACCGAGGACGCAAACUCCAACCGUUGGCGCGGUAUUUGCACCGCCCGUGCAAGAGAAGCAAGCCAUCCCAGACGUCGUGCCCAUGAGGAGAGGCAGGCCGACUCCCUCGCCCGGGCCGACGACCUCCUCGUCCCCGAGAAAGGUGACAAAGGGGGACCCCUUUGCUGCCUUGGAUUCCAACCUCUCUCACAAAGCAAACGCCGACGAGCUGUCUUCGAGAUUUCCCACUCUGGAUCAGUUUGCCUUGCUGCAUGACCGAGGUGGCAAGUUUGACUUUGAAUCCACCACCUCACCUCCGCUCGUGCCACCAAAGGACUCUGGACAGAUAAUGGCCGAGAAGCUUGCUGAUGCCACCUUUGCAUCUUCGCUCCAUAAUUCGACAAAGUCGACCCCAACACCCGCCUCGCACCCUGUUCCCUCAUCGAUGCCACAGCAGGACGUCAUCGUACCCGCCGAAGGAACCGUGGCGAGUAACGCAUCGCCGACGAGGCGUAGAGCAGAGCAGACUCGGCUGCAGUCCACCAUCAGCACGACUCCAGACCCCAUGUCCGUGUUGCCACCUGCUUCAAGAUACGUCUCUACCGGCACCAUGACGAGUGAUGUAUCGCCUAAGCCCCUACCGAGGCAAGCGGCGCUCGUGGCUGGAAAAUACGACGAGGCAAACCGAUUUCCGCCCGCCCAGCCGCGUCCGAGUCAUUUCCGGCAGCCGUCGUUGUCGUCAAGGCCGUCGAUUGAAGACCUCCGAAACAAAGACCCCGGCAUCGAAACCGUGGCACGGUCUCAAUCGCUCGUCAUCCGACCGCGCCCGGCGAGCACCAGCUUCGAAUCCAGCACGCUGGAAUUUUUGCGCGAGCAGGAGUCGGCCCGAGCAUUGAACAAGGCAUCGCACGCCACAGCCCGCAAGGCGCAGCACAAAUCUUCGUCCAGUGUGAGCCCGGCCACUCUCUCCGACGUGGACAUGCAGCCGUCCAAUGCCACCGGUCUCCUGGUCGACCUGGAUGAUGCUCCUGCGGCCGAAUCGUACUCUAACGGUCGAGGCAAGCAAUCCAACAUUUCGGGAGGAGCAAGGAAGCUUACCGGCAAGUUUGGUGAUGCCUUUCAGCGGUUCGAGGAAAACACUCCCGCCAUGGACACGGCCAGCCCAAGGGCACCUUCACCGGUCAAGGCGGCGGCCGGCCGAGGCUUGACACCGAUUGCUGGCUCCGAGGCAACGGAUGGCCGAAGCGACGACGGUCUUGUCGACUUGACGCAUGACAUGACACCAGAAAUGAGGCGAGAGUUGGAAAGACGUACACUUGAAGAGGAAGAGCAGCGUGUUGCUGCGGCGCAGGCAGAGUACAGAGACGGUCUCGCAGGCGGAAGCCGUGCCUCACGGCCAGUGCCUGGUCCGAAAAAGAUGGGGGGGGCUGCCAUUGCUUCGACGAUUCAGAGUCGAGUGCAGAGCUUACUGGACGAGGAUCAGAAAUCUACAAAAGUGCAGCGAACGGCCGAAGGGUACGGGAGAUAUUCGGACGACGCAACGGCCGCGAGCAAGCCGGAGAAGAAGUCACCAACUAUCCCUCGGAAACCCCUUGGCAUAUCCAAAGCAAAGGUGGAUGUCCCUGUCCAGUCCUCCGGCGCCCUUUUCUCGCAAAAGGGCCAUGCCCCCAGCGCCACAUUGGUCCAGGCAUCCGUUUCAUUGUCCAAGGCGACCGGUAGUCGUCCUGCCGCGCCCAAGAAGCCGAUCCAUCUCAACAGACUUCCGGCGGCAGUCCGGCCACCUUCGCCGGUCAAGAGCAGCCAGCCAUCACAACCGGAACGGCUCAUGGCCGCUGACCUCCCGGGAAAGCCAAUCAUAGAAAUGUCGCCGCAAGAAAAGGACGACUACAUUAGAGAAUUCACGAAGCGAUUCCCCAGCCUCGGUUCCAUGGACUUGGAGCCCGGCGGGAGCGGUGGAGGAGGGGCAGCGCGACGGUGA